AUGAAGCCGGGGCCGCCGCACCGUGCCGGGGCCGCCCACGGGGCAGGAGCCGGGGCCGGGGCAGGCGCCGCGGCCGGGCCCGGGGCCCGCGGGCUGCUCCUGCCCCCGCUGCUGCUGCUGCUGCUGGCGGGGCGCGCCGCGGGGUUGCUGGUGGAGGGUGACUUGGCGAAGACACAGCGCUGGCGCAGUGAGAACUUUGAGAGGCCCGUGGACCUGGAGGGCUCAGGGGAUGACGACUCCUUUCCUGAUGAUGAACUGGAUGACCUAUACUCGGGGUCAGGCUCAGGCUACUUCGAGCAGGAGUCGGGCCUUGAGACAGCCAUGCGGUUCAGUCCAGAUGUGGCCCUAGCCGUGUCCACCACGCCUGCUGUACUGCCCACCACGGACAUCCAGCCUGUGGGCACCCCAUUUGAAGAGCUGCCCUCCGAGCACCCCACCCCGGAGCCAGUCACCAGCCCCCCAGUAGUGACAGAGGUCCCGGAAGAGCCCAGUGAGAGAGCCACCACCAUGGCCACCACUGUGGCCACCACCACCGCCACCACGACAGGAGCCCCGACCAUGGCAACCGUGGCCACCAUGCCCACCACUGUGGCCACCGCCGCCCCCAGCAUCCCCGCAGCACCCCCUUCCGCAGGCACCACUGCUGUGGUGAGGACCACCGGCAUCUGGAGGCUUCUGCCUCUUCCGCUGACCACGGCCGCCACAGCCCCAGCCAGCACACCUGUGGCGCCCUCACCUCCCACCUCGGGGCUCCCCUUGGACACAGAGGUGCCCACCCCCCGGCCGGUCAGCACAGCUACCUCCCGGCCUAAAGCCCUUCCCAGGCCGGCCACCAGCCAGGAGCCCACCAUCUCUGAGAGGAGCACCCUGCCCUUGGGCACCACUGCCCCUGGGCCCACAGAGAUGGCUCAGACCCCGACUCCGGAAUCCAUCCUGACCACCGUCCGGGCUGAGUUAGAGGUGCCAGUAAGCGGGGGACCCAGUGGGGACUUUGAGCUGCCAGAAGAAGAGACCACACAGCCAGAUGCGGCCAAUGAGGUGGUGGCUGUGGGAGGGGCUGCGGCCAAGCCGUCACCUCCACCAGGGACCCUGCCCAAGGGAGCCCGGCCAGGCCCUGGCAUCCUGGACAAUGCCAUUGACUCUGGCAGCUCGGCUGCUCAGCUGCCUCAGAAAAGUAUCCUGGAGCGGAAGGAGGUGCUUGUAGCUGUGAUUGUUGGUGGGGUGGUGGGAGCCCUGUUCGCUGCCUUCCUGGUCACACUGCUCAUCUACCGCAUGAAGAAGAAGGACGAGGGCAGCUACACGCUGGAGGAGCCCAAACAGGCAAGCGUCACUUACCAGAAGCCUGACAAGCAGGAGGAGUUCUAUGCCUAGCGGAGCCGCAGUGCCUCCCCGCAGCCUCCAACAUCCCUCUGCCCAGUCCCCAGCCUGGCUCAGCCUGGCCUCCCGCAACCCCGGCCUGGGACUGAGCCUCAGAGGGAGAGCUUGGCCCCGGUUCUUCUCUGCCCUUCCUUUCAAGGCCUAUCCAGGUUGCCAGCCUCAUGCAGAACAGAGGGCACUGCCAUCUGCCCUGGAUUGUGUCCUUACGAGCUCAUCCCUCGUCCUCCACCAGCCUUGGGCUUCAGGACCUCAUGUCACAUAAACAGGAGGAGGAAGCUUCUGAUUGGCUGGUGGAAGAAGGGGUGGGGCCUGAGCCCUCAACUUGGCCCUGCCCGCACUCCACCCAGCAGGGCUGUCUGAGGGCAGAGAGGCACUGAGGCUGGUUUUCAGGACCAAUAAUUUGGCAAAUGCAGCCCUUAAAAUAAUGGGGAUACUGUAACCUCUCCUGUUCUGGGGCCUCUCUCUCUGCCUGGGUCACACAUUCCCUAUAUUGGCCUGGCCUCCUUGGGGUUGUGGGACUGUCCUGCCCUCAUCCCUCGCCAGUGCCCUGGUGUCCCAGGCUUCACCUCUUUCUGCGUCUUUCCCCUGAGGAUGCUGGGGGUAGCCACUGGAGGAGAGAGCCACUCUGAUGUCCUUCCUGGGAGGGGACUCUGCACAGAUGUCAUUGCCCACACUGUCACACUUACUGUCAUCCGAUCACACACCCAGGACUGAAACACAAAGAUGAAAUCACACACCACCAUGAGCCCCCUCCCACCAGCCAGUCAAGACCAGCUCUUAUAGACACAUGUGCUUCCAAAGAUGUUCUCCUGAGUUGCUCUGAUGCUUCCUGCAGUGCGGGUCAUGACUCGUGCUUGGGUGAGCAGUGACAGUGUGACCUCUCUCUGUCCCUCUCCCACCCACCAUGCACCCUUGGGUCUCCAGCUUUCAGGCGCCCCCUGGGGAGGGUGGAAUCAAGCUGGAACAAUCAGCCCAUAUUGGGUCCCCGAGUUGCCCUGUCACACUCAGUCCCACGCCAUGGCACCCACACCAGCCACAUCUCUACCCACCAGGCCCCUGCCAGACAUAAUCCCACGUGGGUGCCUAGUACCACUCACUUGACCCCAUGCUCACUCUCCUAGGUGAAGGAUGCUCCAGGGGCUCAUGACCACAGCCCCCUCGGGCUGUUACCUGCCAGCUGGGCUGGGCCUUACCCCUGCCUCACCUUUUAUGAGAGGCUCUGGGCCAGCCUACACUGGCUGGGAGCCUGGGGCCUUCACCAUGGCUGAGGCAGAAAGGGCUUGGUAUCCUGACAUUGGACCCUGGGCCCUGGGAGGUACUUGGAUUUCCCAGCACCAAAGGCCCUGGACAGGGAGGAGACCUGGCUCCUGGUCCCCCUGUGUCCUCCUGCCCUGAGCUAGGGGCCGAUCUGCCUCCCGGGGCACAAGUCUCCAAAGUGCCUGAGAGGGCGGGCCCUUCGCCCGGGCCCUCUGCAUCCUUGGCCCUUGCCCUGGCCAGGCCAACCUCAGCCCAUCCACCCCAGGCUGGUCCUUCCCUGUGCAACCUCAACUGCGCAUCCACCAAACACCUUGGCCAUUCUGGAUGAGUGGAUCCCUGCCCCCCACCCUCGUAUCCCCUUACCCCAGGUCCCAAGGGCAGAGGUUUGAGGGGCUGGAGCAGGUGAUGGUGACAGUGGGGAUAUCACAGGCCCCAGUCUACCUUCUUUUGUAAAUGGGGUCACUUCCUGGGCAUUUGAGCUGUGGGAUCACCAGUGGUGAAGGGUGUGUUUGGCGAGAACUCUUGGAGCCAAAAGGGUGGGGUGGGAGUUGUAAUUGGCUAGUGCUCAUACCCUCAGCUCCCACCUUCAUUCCUGCCAGGAUUCCCACCCCCACCAGGUUUUAGUUCUAUUCCCUUCUCAGAAUUCCCUGGCAGUGAAUUUCUGUGGGGUGGGGAGUGGGGUGUCAGCUGUGAUGAAGCCGAGGUUCUGGGGCUCCUGCUUCUGGGUGGGGCUCCCUCUAACAGAUACCAGAGCCCUCCGCAUGAGGAAGCCGGCUGGUCCCAGCCUUGGUGGAGGGGCAGAAAUGGGACAGGGGACCUGGAGGAGGCAGCGUGGCCUCAGUGGUCCUGGCAGCAGAAACACUGGGGUCCAGGCAGCAGAGAAGGUGCUGUCCCAGCUCCCCUCUCCCCCACCCCCUGCUGGGCUGCUGUCCUGGGGACAGAGCAACUCUGGUGAGAAGGCCUGGGCAGGCCGAGGCUGAGAAACCAGGGAGUAUGGAGAAAGCAAGCCAGGGCAUAGCAGCCCUGGGGCCAGAGACCUGCCCAAGCUAGGAGGACUGGCUCCAGUCUCCUCUGUAUCCUUAGCAUUUGAGACAAGAGGCCAAGGGUUGUGCACAGAACCCGGGGCCUCGACCGAGCUUUAGAGUCUUGAAGCUUUGCUGUUAGAACAGCCCAGGUCUCCUGUGGCCAGCCCACUGCGUGGGCAAGGCACUCGGGGCCAGCAUGAGCUGGAGCUCCUCAAAGUGCAAUGUGUGUCGGGGUCCUCCCCUUUCCCUCCCUUUGAGAAACAUGAUGUAGUGGACUCCAGGCCUGCCAAGUGGGUCUGCAGACUCUUCGGUGCCCGUAAGAGGGGGGCCCUGUGGGACCCUGUUGCUUUCUGGAAGCACGGGUGGAAGGGGACUUGAGAACUUCCUAAGGUCUUGGCUACCAGGGCAUUGAGGCAGGCUGGGGUCUGGAGCUGUGACUUUAACUUCUAGGCCCAGGCUCUGUCUCCCCCGAGAAGGUUGCCUCCCUCACUGGGAGCCUGUGGCUGACGACCUGGGUGGGCCUGCCGCUGGGGCUUUGAGUGCUUGGGGACUCUGGGGUCCUGGCAGCAGACCCGUCUUUGCUUCCCAGGGUAGGAGUGGCCUCCUGGGCUCUCCUGGACUUCUCCCGCCGGCCACAACCUUGGACUUGCCUGCCCAGGGCCUCCUGCCUGUAAAUAGAAGUCCACAAACUGUACAGAUCUGUAGAGAUGCCCACACUGGGCCCCAGGAGUCGCUACUGCCAUCCGAGGGCUCAGGGUGCUCCUUUACCCCCAGGUACCUGCCAGCACCGCGUGCACCUGGCCCCAGCGUGGCAAAUGCAUGUAAAUAUUUUCCGUAGGCAGUGUGGCUCCAGCGAGCCCUUGAAGACAGUGUCCCCUCUCCCCCCAAGACCGUGAGUCCGUUCACCCCAGCCUGGGGUGGGUGGGAGUCCGGCCCUUCCUCUCCCAGGCCUGCCUCCCUACCCUUUUCUUCCUCUAUAACCUGUUUAUUAACUAUACCUGUCCCGAGUUCAUGGCCAAAACUUUUGAUGAGGAAAAGUGAAGGAGAGAUGGUGGGAUAAGAGCAGGCACCUGCCCUGUUAGGGGCACUCACCUGUCCCAGCCUUGUGAAGGAUCUGGGGUUUUUGAUUAUUUUGUUUCUGGGGUUUUGUUUGUUUGUUUUUUUUUUAACAUUUCCCGUGCUGUGCCCAUUUAUAAGAGGAAAUAAAAUUAAGCUGAAAUGCU